UCGGGAUCAAGGAAAUAAUGCCUUGCUUCAUUGUUGUGGUCAUUUCCCCUUGAUCAAGGAAAAAUCGCUGUUAAGGGAAGUGAAGUUGGUUCUGCUCGCGUAGAAGUUGUCACGCCCUCUGUUUCCUUGUAGCAAUGGCGACUGUUACGACCGAGUCACUGGUGUCGAUAAGACUUAGAGGAGUAUUAUUAGUUACCAUUAUUAAUUGCGUAUUAUUUCGACCAGUGACUGCAAUAUCUGAGCCGGGCAAAUGGAUCCUGAACGUGGACAACGAAAUUAUAAAGAAGCAAAACUACUUCUAUUUUCCAAAGACAAUGUUCAAUGACAGUCUCAUUGAACUGAAGUGGCUCACUGAAAAGUGCGAGUCUGUAGAACUCAGUAUAUCAUGGUAUUUGCGGAGUUCCCCUUGCCACGAUGAAGUGUUUGGUCUUGAUACUGAAAUGGUAAAAGAGUAUUUUGGCAAUGCUCAAGUGCAACGUGAAGGAGGCAAUGGAUUCUACAUAACCCACAAGUACCCUCCCAUAAAGUGCACCCAACAUAUGGCUGAAAAUGUGUUUGCAGUAAAAGAGCUUGAUAAGCCAAUGAAACUGGAACCACUAUCUCAGCCAACCUCAAGUACUCAAGGCAGGCGGAGGAGAGACACCGAAAAGACAGAAGAACAAGACAAAAAUGAUCAGGCUGCCGCAAAAACUGAAUUUAGUGCUGCAACAAGCAAAGACUCUUCAUCAGUGGAUACCCUGAGGUCUAAAACAGACAACACAGUGGCACAAACCUGGGAAGACAGCCCUUACAUGUUCAUCAUCAUAAUUGAGGAGCCUCAACCUUCAACAAUGCAAUGGAACAUACAGUUGGAGGUCAGAAUGAGGGGCCCCCAUGACUAUAUUUCGGCAUCUGAAUGGCCUUUGAUGAUUUUCUACAUGGUGAUGUGCAUAAUCUAUGUGAUUCUGGGUGUGCUGUGGUUGGCUCUUUCGGCUUGUUACUGGAGAGAUCUGCUGCGGAUUCAGUUCUGGAUUGGAGGAGUAAUCUUCCUGGGCAUGCUUGAGAAGGCGGUCUACUAUGCAGAGUUCCAGAGUAUCCGCUAUGAUGGCCACUCAGUUCAAGGUGCAGUGGUUUUUGCUGAGGUGCUUUCGGCUGUGAAAAGAACCCUGGCUCGAGUGCUUGUCAUCAUUGCUAGCCUUGGAUAUGGCAUAGUCAAGCCAAGACUAGGAGCAUUGCUGCACAGAGUGGUGGGGGUGGGACUGCUCUACCUUGUCUUCUCCAUCAUCGAGGGUGUCUUGAGAGUCAAUACGGAACAUGGUGGUUCAAGCAGACUGCUUUGUGACAUUGUUAUGGCCCUCAUUGAUUCUUGUAUUGUGUGGUGGAUCUUCAUUAGCCUGGCCCAGACAAUGAAGCUCCUUCAGCUGAGGAGGAACGUGGUCAAGCUCUCCCUUUACCGACACUUCACCAACACGCUCAUAUUUGCCGUCAUCGCUUCUGUUAUAUUCAUUAUUUGGACAACAAAGACCUUCAAGUUAUCAAAGUGCCAAUCUGACUGGAGGGAGCUGUGGAUAGAUGAUGCAUUCUGGCGCUUUCUUUUCUCAACUAUCUUGCUCGUCAUCAUGUUCUUGUGGAGGCCAUCAGCCAACAACCAGAGAUAUGCCUUCAGUCCACUGGUGGAUGAGGUUAGUGAAGAAGAGGAAGGGGAGCAGCUAAUGAAUGAAGCCUUCGAGGGUGUGAAAAUGAGAGGAAUGAAACCAGAGACAAAUGGAAAUGUAAAGGCCAGCAAAGUGGAUGAAGAUCUCAAAUGGGUUGAGGAGAACAUUCCCUCUUCAAUGGCUGAUGUUGCACUGCCACCUCUGCUAGACUCAGAUGAGGAGAUUGUGACGACAAAAUUUGAGAUGUCCAAAAUGGAGUAGGUCAAUAAAGAUGUAUGUAUUGUAAAUAAAAUGUAUGUGUAAUACAAUGCACAAUUGCUUUAUCCCAAAUGAUAAGAGCUUUUCUUAAGUGACUUAUGUAAAUUUGUGAGACGAUAAGUGUAAUACACUAAAGGACUUUUGUUUUUAUAUUUAAUUGCCUGUUUGUAUUUAUAUAUUCUCUGAAAUUACGGUGUUCACGUUUCUUAAACAUAACUGUAAAUUGCUUCUAUCUGUUGUUUACAUAUUUAAAGUACAAAAUGUGAUUAAAACAUAUUAGUUUGUGCAUUGUGCUCUUUGUAAGAGGCUUUUGCACAACAAUCCUCUUAUUAAUCACAUUUAGAUGGGAAAACAUUUAAGAUAAAGGCUGUCUCACCUGAUUUUCAUCAGUAUGCUUUAGAUUAAGAGUACCUCACUGACCUGGUGGUAUUUUUAGUAAAAGUGGUCAUUAAGUGUCAUCUUGCUGCCCUGUGGACCAUUAAGCAGAUUGUUAUUCAAAGGAUUUUUUGUGUCUAAUGCGAGUUUAAUGAUCUGUGUUUUAUAGUCUAUACAGAGUUGCCUGCCUCUGGGUGCAGUUUGAUGACGAGUCAAAAUAAGGAUACCAGUAUAUUAUUAUUGUCAGACAACACUGUCUAAAAUAAAGGGCAGGUUUACAUGCUGGUCCCUUUAAAAAAGAAUCUAUAUAUCUACAUAGAUUUAUUUGUAAUUCUAUAAACAAAUUGUAUAUAUACAUUCUUCUCGAACUAGAUAAACGGCUGAGCAAAGGACAUACCUAGCAGUAUAUGUAGAGUGGAAUAAUUUGUUAUAGAUACAAGUUAUUACUGUUGAUUUUCGUUAACUUAAAAGACUUACUGCACAACAUACGCUGAAGCCUGUACAGUCCACCCAGCUUUUUGCUGUCGAUAGCUAUUGAUUUUCUCUUAAAGCCACAUUCAUUAAAUCUGUCAUAUAGUGUCAAUUUCACCCACUUGCCCGUACAGUUUGAAUAUCUCUGUCCUGUUUUGUCCCCAUUAAAUCUGCUGAUUAACUGUUAAUACACCCAAGCAGUUCUUCAUUAACUCUGCCCCUGCGGAGAGCAAUAGGAAAUGGUGUUCCGAAACCUGUUGCUAGGCAUUCUGUUAAUCUUAAGUAAACGUGCUAAUAACAUGAUCACAGAGAAUUGGGUUUAAAUGUUCGACAGCGUAGAAGUGGUCGAGGAUGGUGCAAUCAUAAUCACCUGUUUAAUUGAAAUAUCUUGGAGAUAAAGUAGGAUAUUAAAUGGCAGUUAAAGCAAAACAUUGGGAUUUAAUGAUUUCCAUGCAAUCGAAUAUAAAAUUAUAUUUGACACAACUGCCCAUAUUAAGGGUCUUACAGUUUUAGUCAUAAGUUUACAUACAGACAACUUAGCCAAAUACAUUUAAACUCACAAUUCCUGAUAUUUAAUCAUAGAAAACAUUCCCUGUCUUAGGUCAGUUAGGAUCACUUUUUUUUCUUUUAAGAAUGAAAUGUCAAAAUAGUUGAGAGAAUGAUUUAUUUCAGUUUGUAUUUCUUUCUUCACAUUCCCAGUGGGUCAGAAAUGUACAUACACUUUGCUAGUAUUGCCUUUACAUUUUGUUUGGGAUGGGGUUCCUUGGCUUGCAAGCCUUACCCUUUUUCCUCCAAACAUAACGAAGGUCAUCAUGGCCAAACAUUUUUUGUUUCAUCAGGACAUUUCUCCAAAAGAUCUUUGUCCCCAUGUGCACUUGCAAACUGUAGUCUGGCAGUUUUGGAGCAGCCUUUCAGGUUAUGUCGAUAUAGGACUUGUUUUACUGUGGAUAUAGAUACUUGUCUACCUGUUUCCUCCAGCAUCUUCACAAGGUCCUUUGCUGCUGUUCUGGAAUUGAUUUGCUGAGUGGUAUGAUGGCUGCAUGGUCCCAUGGUGAUUAUACUUGUGUACUAUUGUUUGUAGAGAUGAAUGUGGUACCUUUAAGCAUUUGAAAAUUGCUCCCAAGGAUGAACCAGAUUUGUGGAGGUCCACAAUUUAUUUUUCUGAGGUCUUGAAUGAUUUCCUCAUGAUCUCAAGCAAAGAGGCACUGAGUUUGAAGGUAAGCCUUAAAAUACAUCCAGAGGGACCCCUCCAGUUGAGUCCAAUUAGCCUAUCAGAAGCUAAUUGCCUAAAGGCUUGACAUAGUUUUUCUAAAAUGCUUAAAGGCACAGUAAACUUCUGACCUACUGGAAUUGUGAUAUAGUCAAUUAAAGUGAAACAAUCUGUAAACAAUUGUUGGAAAUAUUACUUGUACAAUGCAAAAAGUAGAUGUCUUAAACGACCUGCCAAAACUAUAGUUCGCUAAUAUGAAAUCUGUGGAGUGGUUAAAAAAUGGGUUUUAAUGACUUCAACCUAAGUGUAUGUAAACUUCUGACUUCUACUGCAUAUAAUGUGUGCUUCCAGUAUAAUCAAUAAUUCCAAAGAUGGGAAUUAUGCACUAAUAUCAAAUUCACCCUAUUUUGAGGGUGCAUAAACAGAUUCUCUGCAUGUUUUACAUUAGUUGUGCCUGUUGUACAAUUGCUUCAAAUGCCAAGUCUAAUAAAAUAAUUAGUCUAAUGAUUAGU